AUGAAGCCCGCCGCCGAGCCGGCCACCGGCAUCCCCGUCGGCGGCGCCCCCGCCGCCGGCACCUGGUCCUCGGGCCUCUUCGACUGCUUCGACGACUGCGGCCUCUGCUGCCUGACGUGCUGGUGCCCGUGCAUCACCUUCGGCAAGGUGGCGGAGAUCGUGGACCGCGGCGCGACGUCGUGCGGGACUGCCGGAGCGCUGUACGCGCUGCUGGCGACGCUCACCGGGUGCCAGUGCAUCUACUCCUGCACCUACCGCGCCAAGAUGCGCGCCCAGUACGCGCUCCCGGACGGCCCCUGCGGCGACUGCUGCGUCCACUUCUGCUGCGAGCCAUGCUCGCUCGUGCAGCAGUACAAGGAGCUAAAGGCCCGCGGCUACGACCCCGACAUCGGAUGGCAGCUCAACGCCGAGCGCGGCAACGGCAACGCGCCCGCCGUGCAGAUGAUGGGCCGCUGAUCAAAUUCGCAAAGGUCGAGAACAAGUGUUCUUUCGUGCUUGGUAAAUUACAACAUAGCUAGUAAUAAUAGUGACUUGUAUAUAAAGUUUAUAGUGUGUGUUGUACGAAUACUGGCGACAUAUAGGUACGCGCGUACGUCACGACUGGGAUUGAGUUUGUAAUGUUCUUAUGCAUUUUGUUCCUUGUAUAAUAGUAUUUGUUUGGCU